AUGGAUGCCCGGGGCUGGCGGCCACUGGCAGGUGUCACGGCAGCCGGGAAGUGGCGGCUGCAGACAAAGGACCGGGCUGGGGGCGGGGAGCUGCGCGAAGCUGGACGACCCUCUUGCCGCCACCGGAGACGUCCCCUAGCCUGGCCUCGAUGUGCCAGGAGGGCACAGUGGGCACCCGGGGGGGCUGCAGCCACAACCGUCCUGGCAGCCCCAGGGACCUUGCGUUCUCAGCGCGGCCCCGUCUGCAGGGGGACACUGCAGAGCCGGCGUGGUGCUCAGCAAAGCGCGACUGUGGCCAACCCGGCAUCCGGCGCAUCCCCGGACCUGCUACCGCACUUCCAGCUGGAGCCAGAGGACGUCUACAUUGUGAAGAACAAGGCAGUGAGCCUGGCCUGCCGUGCCACCCCUGCCACACAGAUCUACUUCAAGUGCAACGGCGAGUGGGUGCACCAAGGUGACCACGUCACGCAGCACAGCACUGACCGCAGCACCGGGCUGCCAGUGAUGGAGGUGCGCAUCGAGGUCACUCGCCAGCAAGUGGAGAAGAUCUUUGGGCUGGAGGAGUACUGGUGCCAGUGCGUGGCCUGGAGCUCCUCUGGCACCACCAAGAGCCAGAAAGCCUUCGUGCGCAUCGCCUAUCUACGCAAGAACUUCGAGCAGGAGCCGACAGCCAGGGAGGUCUCCAUCGAGCAGGGCAUCGUGCUGCCAUGCCGCCCUCCUGAGGGCAUCCCCCCUGCUGAGGUGGAGUGGCUGCGCAAUGAGGAGCUGGUGGAUCCAGCACUGGAUGCCAACGUCUACGUGACACCAGAGCACAGUCUGGUGCUGCGUCAGGCCCGCCUGGCCGACACUGCCAACUAUACCUGUGUGGCUAAAAACAUCGUGGCCCGUCGCCGCAGCUCCUCUGCCGCCAUCAUUGUUUAUGUGAAUGGCGGCUGGUCGACGUGGACGCAGUGGUCAGGCUGCAGCACCAGCUGUGGACGGGGCUGGCAGAAGCGGAGCCGGACGUGCACCAACCCCACACCCCUCAACGGAGGGGCUUUCUGUGAGGGCCAAAAUGUGCAGAAAACCGCCUGCACCACCCUCUGCCCAGUGGAUGGCGCCUGGUCAGAGUGGAGCAAGUGGUCGGAGUGUGGGGCCGAAUGCACCCACUGGCGCAGCCGGGAGUGCUCGGAGCCAGCACCACGCAAUGGGGGCCGGGAUUGCCAUGGCCCCGAGUUGGACACUCGGAACUGCACCUCUGAGCUCUGCACCCAUGCUGCCCCCGGUGCAGAGGACGUGGCGCUGUACGUGGGACUGGUGGCUGUGGCUGUGUGCCUGGUGCUGCUGCUGCUGGUGGGGGUGCUGGUGUACUGCCGCAAGAAGGGGGGCCUGGACGCUGAUGUGGCUGACUCCUCCAUCCUCACCGCCGGCUUCCAGCCCGUCAGCAUCAAGCCCAGCAAAGCCGACAACCCCAGCCUGCUCACCAUCCAGCCCGACCUCAGCACCACCACCAUGACCUACCAGGGCUCGCUCUGCCCACGCCAGGACGGCCCUGCCAAGCUCCAGCUGCCCAAUGGGCAUCUGCUGAGCCCGCUGGGUGCCGGGCGGCACACGCUGCACCACAGCUCACCUGCUGCUGAGGGCGCUGAUUUCGUGGCCCGGCUCUCCACCCAGAGCUACUUCCGCUCUCUGCCCCGCGGCACCAACAACAUGGCCUAUGGCACCUUCAACUUCUUGGGGGGGCGGCUCAUGAUCCCCAACACAGGGAUCAGCCUGCUCAUCCCACCUGAUGCCAUCCCGCGGGGAAAGAUCUACGAGGUCUACCUGACCCUGCACAAGCAGGAGGAGGUGAGGCUGCCCCUGGCUGGCUGCCAGACGCUGCUGAGCCCCAUUGUCAGCUGUGGCCCUCCCGGGGUCCUCCUCACCCGGCCCGCCAUCCUGGCCAUGGGGCACUGCGUGGAGGCCAGCGCCGAGAACUGGAGCAUCCGGCUGAAGAAGCAGUCAUGCGAGGGCACGUGGGAGGACGUGCUGCAGCUGGGCGCUGAGCCGUGCACGGAGCUGUACUACUGCCAGCUGGAAGCGCAGGCUUGCUACGUGUUCACGGAGCAGCUGGGACGCUUCGCCCUGGUCGGGGAGUCCCUCAGCAUGGCGGCCUCCAAGCGCCUCAAGCUGGUCCUGUUUGCGCCGGCCGCCUGCCCCUCGCUCGAGUACAACAUCCGUGUCUACUGCCUCAGCGACACCCAGGACGUCCUCAAGGAGGUGAUCCAGCUGGAGAAGCAGCUGGGGGGGCAGCUGAUUGGAGCUCCCCGGGUGCUGCACUUCAAGGACAGCUACCACAACCUGCGCCUCUCCAUCCAUGACAUGCCCAGCUCCCUCUGGAAGAGCAAGCUCCUCGCCAGCUACCAGGAGAUCCCUUUCUAUCACAUCUGGAGUGGGUUGCAGCCCUUUCUGCACUGCACCUUCACCCUGGAGCGCCUGAGCACCAGCACCUGCGAACUGGCCUGCAAGAUCUGGGUCUGGCAGGUGGAGGGGGACGGGCAGAGCUUCACCGUCAACUUCAACAUUGCCAAGGACACGAGGUUUUCAGACUGGUUGGUCCCUGACAACGAGGUGGCCACCCCAGCUCUGGUGGGCCCCAGUGCCUUCAAGAUCCCCUUCCUCAUCCGCCAAAAGAUCAUCAGCAGCCUGGACCCACCAGGCACCCGGGGAGCCGACUGGAGGACGCUGGCACAGAAGCUCAACCUUGACAGCCAUCUCAGCUUCUUCGCCUCGAAGCCCAGCCCCACAGCCAUGAUCCUCAACCUGUGGGAAGCGCGGCACUUCCCCAAUGGAAACCUCUCACAGCUGGCCGCUGCCGUGGCCGAGGUUGGCAAGCAGGACGGGGCCCUCUUCGCCGUCUCCGAGGCUGAGUGCUGAGUGUGGCGGGGAAGGGGGGGCGGGAAACUCUGCUCCCAGGGGACUGCCACCAUGGGGCUGGGGGGGGCCCUGGCUGGCCCCCAAACCCCUACAGCCCCGCAGCGCACAGGGAGGACUGCCUGGCCUCCUUGGGAGAGCGGGAUGCCCGUGCCCCACGGCAGCCAGGCCCCCCCAGCACUGUGGUGGUGGGGCUCAGCCCGUCCCCAGGGGUCCCACAGCCCCAUGGUGGGGGUCGAGGGGGCGCUGGGUGUGCGUCGUGCGUGCGGUGCCGUCGUGCUGUCUGCGUGUGGGGCCGGGCGGCCCCAGGCCCCGUGCCGUGUUGUGUAAAGACCGUUUUUUUAAUUCUGUAUUAAGUGCAUUCAAGUAUUUACACUUGGCCUUAUGUACAUAGCGGUGCCGCGGGCGGGGGGUCUGCCGUACGUGAAUGUAAAUAAAUUCGAUAUAUAUUGCUA